UAGGGAAUCAAGCUCCUGGCCGAUUCCACCCAUGUCAACAUGUCCCAAUCUCGAUCGGAUAGAGGCUUGCUUGCUGAAUAUCAUCAAUGAUGUGGCUACUUGAAAAACGUGCUAUUAAGUUUACGAGUAGGCAGGAGCCUUGUAAAGGCAACUACUUGUGUACGGAUUACAUACAUACGGAUGACAUAGGACAAGCAGAGUAGCAUGAAGUGAAAGUGGGGACAACUGCGCUGUCCAAUUGAUGCCCUGCACCUAGCAUCUGGCAAUCCCGACGCGGCGCGACGCAACUCGCUCCUGGCCCUCCAAACUAUCAACAGUCGAUUUUUAAAGUCUGCACGCGCCUUCAACAUAACUUAAUUCAACUGGACGGUCCAGCAAAGCUUCUUUAAGAUGCCUAUGUACGGAGAUCUGGGCAACAAAUUGGUUCAACAUGCCAAACGAACACAGAACCUGGCGCAUCUGCCGCCGUAUCAGACCGAGCUUGUCCGUGCUGUGACCCGAGAGGUGCGAGACUUGGACAAAGAUGUGGCGAGCCUGCUCGAGCCAUUCCAGGGUUCGUUCGACCCCUCAGCAGACCAAGCCACGGCAUGCACCUUGCUGGUCAACCACCUGUCCAUGCGCAGGAACAAACGCUGCCUUCUUGCAUACCACAGGACGCGUACCGACAAGCUCGAGGAGCUGGUCUGGAAGGGGGUCGACAUUCUCGACUUUGCUGGUCAACAGGCAGGUGGCGCUAAUGGCGCGCUUGCCGCCGAGAGCGGAGGAAGCAGCAGUCUGAGCCCUCAGGAAGAGGAUUACGUUCGCCAAUACGGAGAUUUACUCGCUGCCUACAAGGGACAAUGGACAGAUAUUGACUUGACCGGGAGUCUCGAGCCGCCAAGGGAUCUAUUCAUCGAUGUGCGGGUGCUGAAGGAUGCGGGCGAGAUCCAAACAGAAUAUGGCGCCAUCAACUUGACAAAGAACAGUCAAUUUUAUGUCCGCCAAGGUGAUGUGGAACGAUUGAUCGCCCAAGGCUACCUCCAAAAGCUUGGUUGAAGCUCCU